GCCCUGCGGUAGUAGAACUAGCCUGUGAUCCGCCGUGUAAGAUUGUUCGCACAUGUACUGGUCGUGUUUGUGUCGAGGGGAGAUCGGCUCAUUGUCGGCCGUGGUGGUACCCACUACAGUUAUAAUACGAAAUACAACGCGGAUUUACAUAAAGUUAGUGGAAGUGAUAUGUCUACAGAAACAUCAACGUAUAGUGGAAAGUUUAUAUAAAUACUCCGUAAAGUCGGUAUAGAGGGUAUAGGCCACCCUGGACGUGAGAGAUAAGACAUCGUAUACGUGUUACACAUGUACAACUAAUCAACAGGUGAGACGAGAUCCAGGUGAGAUUCAAGGUGUAAACAUUAUAACAGAAUGGUACAGUAAACAGUGUCAGCACAAUGGAAGGUAUUGUGACAGAGCUUUAACAGGGACACGGGAAUUAAGCACUGCAGUCCUGUUACUGUUUCCACCGAUUAACAACACGAGAAGUCGAUCAGCUUUGAGGUGUGUUCGUGUGGUUAAGCCUUCAUUUACAUAUAUUUGUGUGGAUGUGACACUUCUCGUGCCAAGAUGAGCGGCUGCCCAUUCAGAAACGCUAUAGAAAACGCCAAAGCGGCACACCAAUCCAAAAAUAAUAACAAUAACAUCGAACCCCCUUCCCUCCCGAACGGUAGUGCCAAUGGAAGUCCGGACAUUAUCAAGACCACUACGGCUAGUACCCAGACUGGUCAGGGGAAACUUGGACAUGCGAUGUCCGACAACUUCCUCGGACAGAUCCACCAUCGGAAGGGGACUGCGUCCAGUGCGUCCCUUGGGAAUGAAAUGACAGGCUCCAGUUCGAGUCGGAAAACUAGCAAUAUGUCCACGUGCUCAAUGGGAUCAGAUGAGACGGAUGGAGAGAAGAAGCUCGACCUGGUGGGGCUGAUUGAGUCCGUAGGGACCCUUCUACUACCCUCGACUGGUUUUAUCAACAGAUCCUUCCAGAAUGUUAUCCGAUCUAAGGAGGAAGAAAUCAUGGAGAGUGUCAGGAACUUACCGAACUUUGACGAAUUGACAUUUGUAACGUCAUAUUUGGACCCGGAUUUUCGUCACUCGGCAAUAAACGAAACUCUGCUCCUUGGAAUGGCUGACGUUGCAGCAACUACUUUAGACAUAAAUCAGGAUACGUUUUUGCGGAUGCUUGGGAACGAAUAUGUCCAACUAUGCCUAUCUGAAUAUGGCCGAGCUCUUGGGAUGAUGGGAAGCAAUAUGGUAGAAUUUUUCAGCAAUCUUGACGGACUCCAUGACCAUAUAAGAACGUCUCCAAAGUUUGAUUCUCAAGUGCCUCCAUCUUUCCGGUGUUCGCAUGCGUUAAAAGGAUGCGUCGAUCUCCAUUUUUACUCUGAUCUUCGGAACCUCUUAGGGUUUUACGCUGGAAUUGUACAGUCAGUGGCACGACUCAUGUUCUCGGUAGAUGCUGAAGUUUCGUUACAAGUUAGUGAAAAAGCUUCCAAGACACAUCAUGUGUUCAAUAUAAAACCUAGAGAAUACUCGAACAAAAAUGAAUGUACAUUCAGUACCUUUCGGGCUUCCACUUCUGAUAAUCCGUCCGAUCUCAAGAUUGGCGUAGACACUUUUUGUAGCACAUUUCCAUUCCACGUCAUCUUUGACAGAGACCUGAAGAUUACACAACUCGGAACGGCUCUUCUCAAAAUGAUAGCUCCUGGUUUCGCCACAAAGGGACAACAAUUUGACACGUACUUUGUUAUCCAAAGUCCAAAGCUCGAGGAAAUGACAUUCUCAAAGUUGCUGUCUAGGGUGAACUUUUCUUUUGUGUUAGAGACUAAAUCACAGCAACGAGGAGGACACCAGCUAGCUCAGGAAACCCUUCUGAAAGGCCAGAUGAUAUACCUACAGGAGUCGGACGCAAUCCUUUUCCUCGGCUCCCCAAGUAUCGAGAAACUGGAUGAGAUGAUAGCGAAGGGGUUAUACAUCUCUGACGUUCCUAUCCAUGACGCCACUCGUGACGUGAUUCUUGUUGGAGAGCAGACGAAAGCGCAGGCAAGUUUGAAGAAACGCAUGGAAGAGCUGAAAAACGGUAUCAUUGAAGGCACCAAAGCGGUGGAGCACGAAAAGGCCAAAAACAUAGAGCUCCUCGAGAUGAUCUUCCCCGCAAAUAUUGCCGAACGUCUCUGGAGAGGGGAGACAAUCGAUCCGAUGAAGAUUGAUGACGUCACGAUGCUGUUCAGUGACAUCGUCGGGUUCACAGCGAUCUGUUCGUCUUGUACUCCAAUGGAGGUCAUCAGCAUGCUGAACUCGCUUUACACACAGUUCGACUACUUCUGUGGCGUGGUAGACGUUUACAAGGUGGAGACAAUCGGAGACGCAUACUGUGUGGCAGGGGGUCUGCACAAAAGGUCAAGGCGACAUGCCCACCAGAUCUCAUUCAUGGCAUUGAGAAUGAUGGCAAUCGCCGCGAAGGAACGAUCAAAGGACGGGAACGCCAUCCGGAUGAGGAUUGGGCUCCACACUGGUUCCGUUUUGGCUGGAGUCGUUGGAGUGCGCAUGCCUAGAUACUGCUUAUUUGGAAAUAACGUCACUCUGGCAAACAAGUUUGAGAGUGGGAGUGUGGCAGAGCGCAUCAACAUCAGUCCGACUACCUACACAUGUAUUUCAGAAAUAGAAGGAUAUUCAUACACCCCGCGGACUCGCGAGAACUUACCAGACGGAUUCCCUGAAGAUAUUGAAGGAACCUGUUACUUUUUGGACGAUUUUAAAUUCCCAGGGGCAAACAAAGAAGAUCCAGAUGUCGAUCACAUUGCCUUACAAAUGGAGGAAUUUAGGAGAAAGGACGUUGUAUUUACCUGAUCGGACUUCCGGUUAUUUGAAUUUGACCAAUCAGGAAAGAUCGUGUGCGUUGCUGCGGAUUAUUUAUUUAUAUUUUCAUACCGUCCAGUUGUCUCCCCUUAAUACACUUUAACGUAGUUAGAAAAAUACACGAUCAAAUGCCUUUUCAUUUCAAUGCUAUAGACAGCAAAAUUUUUAUUUUUAAUUCUUCCUUAGGUGUGUGAAACCAUGUACUUUGUUUAUGAGAAAGAGUCUACCAUUAAAGAGACGGGUGUUAUAUCGAGUACGGAUUGCAUGUGAUUUGACUUUCCACGCGAUUCUACCCCCAUAUUCAUAUAGUUAUGAAAUAAAUGUAGAUACAAAUAUUUAUGUUGUGUAUAUAUAUAUAUGUAUAUAUAAUGUUAUAGUACAGCUUUAUAUAUAAGCUGUAUAAGUAUCAAGGGACUGAGACAAUCGAACAUUAUCCUUCGGGAAAAUGUUUAAGCAACGAAACCAACAAAGUGCGAUUUCAAUCUUCACAAUCUGAAAGACGGGAUAUGACGUAUAUUUAUUAUGUGUUGUGCAUAUAAAGUAACAUGUGAUAGCGUAUCACAAUAUGGCUUCCACUUCCGGUUUCAGCGUUGCUGUAUAAUAGAUCAUGGGUUACUGUAUAAGAUUGAUAUGGUAAAAAUGAACAAAACUAUUUGUAAUCUAUUCCUCGUUUACAUAUUUGCACUGUGAUUUCCAUAUAGAAGUGAUAGUAAAAAAAGAUCAAUUAUAUUAAUAAAGAUAAUUUAAGAAAUUAACUAAAUCAUUAUGUAAUAUCUGCAAAAUUAUUGUUAAUUCACUGUAUUAAAGAUACGGCUUUAUAUAUAAGCUGUAUACUUAUCAAGGGCUUAUAUAUUUUACAGCCUUUAUAUAAAACUGUAUCAUGUUUGACAGCAAUAUAAUAUCAAUUGAUGUUUGAAGAAUAAAUUAAAUUAAAUUAAAUAUUAACAAAGGCGAUAUUGGAACAGUUCCUGCGUAAAGGGUACUUAUAGCUCAAGUACGCUGUAUCACGUACAACUUAGACGCAAAUGUAAAGCAUGUUGACAAAAUAUUCCUGACACAUUUACCCAAGUGUUACUCAAGCGUUUACCAAGUAUCUGUCGCCAUAUAUAGUUACUGAUGGCCAUGGUUUAUUGGAUAUAUAGAUGUGUAGAAUGUAUAUCCUAUGUACAGGCGUUUUGUGAUAUUUAUGUUGGAUUGAUAACAUUAAUAAAAGCAUGCAUUGUAUCAAUUUUAAAAUAGGCAUUUAAGCGUAUGGCUAAUUUAUAAAUUUAUUGUUAAUACAACUAAAGGAUAUAUAUAUUGCUUGGAAAUAAUUAUUAUUUAUGACUAUUUCAAAAAAUAUUGUCACCAUGUCAAACGGAAUGCAUAGGGAUGUAUCUUAAUUUAGAUGCUAAACAUAAAAUUUAGGGACCAAAAUGUUGACUUCGAGAAAAAGGAAGUGUUCAAAUUAUCGGCUUCGUUAUAAGAAAGUUACACUGUAUGGAUAGUCUAGAAUAUGAUCUUGAAAGACAUUGUUAAUGAGUCGAACCCUUGUGAUAUCAAUAUUGAAUAUGUCUUAUAUUUGAUUUAACCACGUGACAUAUAUAUAUACCGAUAAUCACUGCAGGUUCAUGAACCACGUGACCAACACGCAUUUAUGUUGUAGGAUAUUUCAAUACUAGGUUGAGACAUUUUAUAGAAAAUAAUGUUACAUGCAUACGAUAGCGUUGACUAUUAAAUCUUUUUAAACAUGUCUUAAAACCAUAGUUAUGCUUUCAUGUGUCAAUCUGCAAAUAAAUAAUCGUGGCCCCUGUUUGUUACAAAGUGGGUCUCUGUCGUUUAUUGUUAAGCCUUAUACCUUACUUCCAUGCGCUUUGUGUUUAUCUCACUUGUUUUGUUUUUUUAUCAACAGUCUUUAUAUUCUUUUUCAAAACUGAUACAUUGUAUUCGUAAACUUCCAGAUAAACAAGAAGUCUUCAUUGUAUUUCUAUGAAUGAAAAGUUUAGCAACGGUUACUAGUUCCUGUUAGAACAGAUAUGUUGCUUCUUAGGAAAUAUACAUGUAACAUGAAACAUAUUUAUUUGUAUGUGUAUUAUAAACACGUUAUCGUAUUUCAGUCCGCUGUUGUGUAAACACACCAAUGAGGAUGGACCGGAUGUGUUCCUCUUUUUCUUCUGUUUUCAUGUUUUUAUAUAUAUUAAUAUUAAUAACUUAUUUGAUCAUUUUUUUA